AUGAGUGGUAUGCAGAGCAACCAACUACCCCUGAACAGCAAUCAGGAUACACCACAUUGUCAAAACCAGCCACCAGGCCGUUGGACCCCUGAUAUCGAAAAGAACCAAUUGUACUACGAAUAUCCCGAUGAUCACAAUGAUGCCUUCAGCCUCCUUCGCGCUCUAUGUGGGUAUAGGGAAAACUCCUUGCUUGGCUUCGCCAGCUAUGUCCUCUUCUCCAUUCUUUCUUUUUUCUCGGCUGCCUACUAUUUCUGGUCCCUAAUGCCUUACGAACCUUCACACCACAACCCGGUAUCGAUUGUCCUGGCCACCUAA